GUAUUUAGUAGUAAAUUUUACGCUUACAGUUCCCCCCGAGUGUACACCGGAUAUUUAUGUUUAACACUUACCAACGUUAGACUGGUGGUCCUUGGAUACCGCGGUUCUCUCAAACCAAAUAAAUUGAUAAUAACUUAAUCUAUGUUAGAUUUGAUGGGAUUUUAAUUGGAAAUUUUAGGUUUCAAGUGACGGAUAAAUUAUUUUAAACAUGGCACAAUUACAUUCGGCUGCGGAAGCUUUAAAUUGGAAUGAAGGACAGGAGACUAUCAUGUUACCACUACACGCUGCCGACUCAAACAUCGACAGAUUCAACAAAGCUUACAAUGCCUCGGGCGCCACUACAUACGGGUUCAAAGGUUUUCCUGAGAUGAACAUGCUGCAGCCAAAGCGCCCUCUACGACACCAGCCGUCUGCAGAUAUCACAUCAGAUGUAAAUAGAUAUUUUAGAAAAGAUUCACCUCCAGAUUGGAACCAAGGACAAAAUCCCCCACCAAGAAUGGCUUCACCACCCCCACAAGAACAUAAACAAGAACCUAACUGGCUGGAGCCCAAGAGAAAUUCACCACCCCCAGCAAUGCCUCCACCGGAACAUGUGAAUCAAACAAUUUCUCCAAGAUAUCAAGAUGAACAACCAUCUUACAGAAAAGAGCCAGUCAUCCGUGACCCUUUCAGACAGUUGUCGUCAGCUGAGAAAAGGAAGAAGAUAGAUGAGUUUUAUGUAGCUGAGGAGGAUUUAGCGAUGGCUCGUCAACGAAAGGAAAAAGAAAAAUAUGAUAAGAUUGAAGAGCAAAGAAAGAUAAGGGAAUUGCAGGAUUCCUACAAACCCUGGGGCCGCCCAGGGGGUGGGGCCCCAAAUAGAAUUCGUCAAAUGCAGGAAGAAUUUCAUCCAUACGGACUUCCUGGAGGCGGAGCUCCUGUUGCAAAGGCUCUAGCUGCUCAGUAUCAACCCUUUGGUCGACCAGGUGGUGGUGCCCCAGCAGGUGAUAAUAGAAAAAUGAAAUUUACAGAGUAUCAGCUCCAUAAGGAAACAGAACCAAAAUAUAAUGUUCCUGUAGGGUAUGAUCAUGGAACCCCAGUUCCUUCCCACCCUGUGUUUGGUGAAGAUUUAGCUUGGGAUGAGAUGAAGUAUGGAGAUGAAAACAGAGGAAUGGAAAGGGUAAGGACUGAUUUGGAAAAGAGACCAAUGCCAGAAAGAAAAGAAGCGUUUGGUCGUGCAGCAACUAUGCCGAUGGUACGGAGUUCUUACUCCGACUCAUAUCGGCCGAGAUCUG